AUGUCUCAGAGUACUCGAUCCAAAUUAGAUUUACAUACAACUGCCAUGUCUGAACUACAGUGUAAAUCAUCUUCUCAACAAAUAAAAAGUGAAAUAGCUUCGCAAUUAGAACAAGCCACAUCUCUGUCGACAAGACACUAUAUUGAAUCAGAUGAUGAUAAUAAAAAAGAAAUUAUUGAUCAGACCCAAUUAUCUUCAAACGGAUCUGGACAACUUGAACAACUUAUUCAAAAACAAUGUGAUUAUUGCUUUAAAAACUCAACAUUUACGUGA